AUGAAGAGGGCCGCGUCUGAUGAUGGAGAUGGGGGUGCCAAGAAGGCCCCCAGGAUGUCACCGGGGCCGAGUAGGCGGAGCCCCAGUUAUUCGAUUGAGACGGAUCCUUCGGAGGAUCCCACGGAGAGCAGCUAUGAUACCGAUCCUUCGGAGGACCCAGCGACAAUUCCUCCGGAGAUGUUGACCCCCAGGGCAGAGGAUUCUGCGGAGGGCGGCUACGAUACAGACCCCUCGGAGGAUCCUUCGGAGGAUAGUUACGACACGGAUCCGUCCGAGGACCCAUCUAUGACUCCUCCAGAGUCUCCGAUUCCUGGAGCAGAGGAUCCCGUGGAGGAUGGUUAUGACACAGAUAUUUCGGAGGAUCAGGCGAUGACCCCUCCAGAGCUUCAUACCUCCACGGAGGAGGAUAGUUAUGAGGCAGACCUAUCGGAGCCUUCUUCUGGGACUACGGAGGAGAGGAUUUCCUACGGUACGCCAGUUGUUUCUGAGAGUGAGUAUGUCAGCCCGGCUACCUCGGAGAGUGGUAUGGCUUACUCUUUGCCCCGGUCACCUGUGAGCCGGGAUUUGUCUGAUCAUCCACUCGCUACCCCCUCCGAUUCAGAUGUGGGUGAUGGCGGAGGCCGAGUAGGUAGGGAGCAGACAGACGAGGAUGAUGGUGGACACACCUCUCACGGCAGCUCCCCAGGUCAGAUUCGAAAUUGA